CGGUAUCAAAAACGAAUUUUUAGUAAAAAAAGGUAAAUAGAAGAAAGAAAGAGAAAUUGUGCAGAAUAUUAGAGUUCAGUCACUUUUAACUUAAAAUUCCAAUUCCAAUUCCAAUUUUCCCCUUACCACAAAUAUAAUCGAUUAUCAUUCCCGAGCUACAACUGCGGCCAUGGAAGCUGAACAAAGCGAAGGGUCUACUGAUUCAUCAUCUUCGCAAACAAUGAAUCAUCUCUUGUUUGUAGAGAUGGGUGUCGGCUAUGAUCAACACGGCCAAAAUAUCACUUCUGCAGCAAUGAGAGCAUGCAGGGAUGCUAUUUCUUCUAAUUCAAUCCCUGCUUUCCGCAGAGGUUCCAUUCCUGGUGUCAGUUUUGGUCAGAUGAAAUUGCAGAUCAAACUAGGGGUUCCUCAUUCUCUCCAACAAGCUCUGGAUAUUGAGAAAGUCAAGUCUGUAUUUCCGUACGGUAAAAUUUUGAAUGUGGAAGUUGUGGAUGGUGGUUUGAUAUGCUCAAGUGGGGUGCUUGUGGAAGAGAUGGGUGACAAGAAUGAGGAUUGCUACAUUGUGAAUGCUGCUGUUUAUGUCGGUUAUUAACUUUCACCUUGUGCAGAUUUCAGUUUUUCUCUCCUGUUGAUGUACUUCUGAUAUUAAUAAUUGUUAGCUUCUGCUGUAUACCAAAAUGUACAUUUCUAUAUUUCUAUGCCAUAGUUCUUGUUUGGCCGUCA